CUGUGGCUCCCUUGCCCAGCUGGGCGUCGCUCUGGUCGACGAGACUCUCAACAUGGCGCGAGCGAAGGCGGCGGCCUGGCAUCUCGGCGAAGAAUCCUCGCGAGGAGAUGGGACGCCCAGGGGCCUGCUUUCGACGAAACUGGAAGUGGCCAUCAUCGCGGUAUGCGCUCUGUACCUCCAUUCCUGCAAGACGGCGAUCAAAAGGUCCCUCUCCACCUCGAAGCCGCGAGAAUGGGCUCCAGAUACGUACAGGAGGAUCCAGGCGGAGGAGGUUCUCGACCCCGAGGAGGAGGCGUCCAUGAAGAAAAUUCUCCAGUGGAACUACUACAACUUCAAGCUGGAGGAGGGCCAUGAGCCGUUCGUCAAGCAGGGCUGCCGCUACACCAACUGCGUGUUCACGAAGGACCGCAACCGCUACCCGCUGUCGCAGCUGGACGCCGUUCUGUGGCACACGAACGCGGCCGACAGCAGCUUCCCGGAUCAGAGCAACAGGUCCCCCCACACCCGGUACAUCAUCGUCACCCACGAAGCCUCGUACCACAUCCGGGGCAUCAAGUCGGGGGGCCUCUCCAGCUACAACGGCGUCUUCAACUGGACCUUGCACUACCGCGGCGACGCCGAUAUCUACGCGCCGCUGGUGAAGCAACUGCAGAAGCACGUAACAGUUGAUAUUUACGGGGCUUGUGGGACUCUGACGUGCAUUCGGGGGCAGUCGGAUUGCGAGGGCAUGUUGGAGAAGAAGUACUACUUCUACCUCGCCCUCGAGAACUCCCUUUGCGAAGACUAUAUCACCGAGAAGCUUUACUAUACCUUGAGGAACUACGUGGUGCCGGUGGUGUGGGGCCUCGGCAACUACGUCAGGAACGCCCCCCCGCACUCGGUCAUCAACGCCCUAGCCUUCCCCAACGUGACGGCUCUGGCAAAUUACCUGCUCUAUUUGAAGAACAACCACACGGCUUAUUACGAAUAUUUCUUAUGGAAACAGAAAUACAAGCCGGUCAUUCGCGGGGACGUCCUGAGGAACGCCAUGUGUGACAUCUGCGAACGCCUUCACACCGACAACACCACGAAGGUCUACAAGGACAUCCACUGGUGGUUCUCCCCCGAGAGACAGUGCCUGACCAUCGACAACGCCAAAAUUGCAGCGUUUUUGGGCCGACCAAUCCCUGCUUGACGUCAUCUGUUUCGGCCAUUUUUUCAAUCCUGCUCUCGCUAGUCUUCCUUAUCUUAGGGUUGGCAAGCCUUCUUCCGAGGAGUUGGUAAGUUUCUUCUCCGGGUUUGGCAAGCCUUCUUUCCUGGGAUUGCCAAGCAUCUUACCCGAGGGUCACCAAGUCUGUGCUCUGGAUUAGAAUAGUAUUUUAGAAGGAAAGUUUCCGUGUAUCUACAGUUUUGUUCUUGAUUAGUAAAAGAGAAUUAUAAA